UCCGGGGGUAAACCCACAGACAGCGGCUCUUCCUCCGCCGCUCCGCCGCUCCCGGAGCCUCUGAGCGCGGCCUGACUUCUCCUCUGCUCCCGCUCCGCUCCGGUCCGGUCCGGUUCUCUUCUGUUCGGGAUGUUGACGCUGUACGCGGACCUCCUGUCGCAGCCGUGCCGCGCCGUGCGGAUCCUGCUCCAGUGCACCGGGACCGCGCACGCGCUCCGCUCCGUGGCGCUGCGCAAAGGAGAACAUCUGACUCCAGACUUCUCCAAACUCAACCCCAUGAACAAAGUCCCAGUGCUGGAGGACGACGGCUUCGUGCUCACAGAGAGUGAUGCCAUCCUGAAGUACCUGGUGGGGCGCUGUGCUUUGCCCGAGCACUGGUACCCGACCGACCCCCAGAGCCGCGCCCGAGUCGACGAGUACUGCGCCUGGCACCACACCAACACCCGCCCCCACGCCGCCAAAGUAUUUAUACUGGAGGUCCUGGUCCCGGCUCAGACCCGGUCUCCCGUGGACGGUCCGGCUUUAGCCCGGGCCCUGUCGGACUUGGACCGGACUCUAAAGCAUCUGGAGUCGAUGUUUCUGCGGCGAAAGGCGUUUCUGUGCGGCGAUGACAUCACCAUCGCCGACCUGCUGUGUGUGUGCGAGCUCAUGCAGCCUCUAGGGGGCGACAGAGACGUACUGGAGUCCCGCCCACAGCUGCAGCGCUGGAGGAGCCGCGUCCAAUCGGCCGUGGGCCCCGCCUUCGACCACGCCCACUCUGUCCUCUACGGCGUCCGAGACCGGUACCGAGCCAAGACCAGCCGGGCCAAGCUUUAGUCCAGAGACCGAGUCCAGACCGAGUCCAGACCGAGUCCAGACCGAGUCCAGACCGAGUCCAGACCGAGUCCAGACCGAGUCCAGACCGGAUUUUUUUGAUCCGCUUCUGUAAAAUCACUGCACUACAAGAAUUUUGAUUCAGAUUCUGAUUUUGUCCAAUCGACAUCUUCAAAUUAAACACACAAACACACACACAGAGAGACACACACACACACACACACAAACAUUUGGGGGGCUCCAGUUUUAAUGUGAAGAAAAUAUUUUUUUGAAUCUAUUUUCCUAAAAUUUUAUUUUAUAAAUAAAUAAUGUCAUAAUAA